AUUAAUGUGGAAACUCGAGAAACAAAGGAAAGAAUCUAAUUUGAUAUUUGUCAAACUGUAAACAGCUAAGCAAAUAUCUUUAUAAAUAAAUGUUUCGAAAUACUUAUCAGGGCGGAUUUUUGUCCAUUUUGUAUAGUUGCGGGUCGUCUCCUUUGGAGUUAUGGGACAUGCACGUAAAAAACGGAUAUAUACGAAGAAUUACAGAUGAAGAGAUAAAGUCAUUGGCAUUGGAAAUAGCCGGGACCAAUGUGGCUACAACUUAUAUUUAUUGUCCAGCAUAUCCGAAGAAGGAGCUGGGUAUUAAGCUACCCUUUCUUAUCAUCAUUAUCAAGAACAUGAAGAAGUAUUUCACGUUCGAGAUAACAAUAUUGGACGACAAGAACAUGCAUAGGAGAUUCCGUGUGAGCAAUUUUCAGAGUACGACACGUAUUCGCCCGUUUUCCACAUCCAUGCCCAUCGGACUUUCAGGUGGAUGGAAUCAGAUUCAAUUUAAUUUGUCUGAUUUUACACGACGAGCCUAUGGUACAAAUUACAUUGAAACCACUAGAAUGCAAAUUCAUGCCAACUGCAGAAUCAGACGAGUUUAUUUCGCCGAUAGGCUUUAUUCAGAGGAGGAAAUGCCAGAAGAGUUCAAGCUUUUCUUGCCAAUACACCGAAAGAAAUGCGUUAGAGAGGAAGAUGUGCCGAAAAAACCUAGUCUAAUACUUGAGAAAGUACCGUCCGUCGAAGCACCAACUAUCGAGGAAGUGAAGAAGGGACUUGAGCCGCCAGUUACGAAGGAACCUGAUUUAAUCGAGAAAGCGAUACCAUAUGCGGAAGAAGUAGAAAAGAUAAUUGCAGAGAAAGAUGAAGAAGCAAAAGUAGAAGCAGAAGAAAUAGAAGAAGCAGAAGAAGAAGCAGAAGAGGAAGCAGAAGAAGAAGCAGAAGAGGAAGCAGAAAAAGAAGAAGAGGAAAUUAAAGUUGAAGAAACUGUGAUUGAUGAAGAGGAAAAAGUCGAACCUGCGGUUAUUGAAUGA